AUGUACGUUCUCGAAUAUUCUGAAGAUUUUGGAGGUCCCGAAGAUGACUUCGCAUUCCAAAAGACCACCAUAGUCUACGAAAUGUCCGGCUCAAUCUACAGAGCAUCCUCUCGAAAGCGAUAUGCCUCAAAAGAGGAGAUUCGAUUCAGCGACAUGUUCAGCACCAACAAAGUUCAAGGGGCUCUCAUUUUUCCGGAGUUCUCGGACAAGUUCACAAAGGCAGAAAGGCCCUUGGAUUGUUCGACCUGGUAUCUGAAAAAGCCAAGCCUUUCGCCCUACAGCCCUCAAUACCCAGCCCUGAUCAGAGAAACCUGGAUCGAAGAAGUGAAGAUCUGCGAACUUCUAAAGAAAAACCCGCACCCUAAUAUCGCCCAAUACCACGGCUGCGCCGUCGUCCACGAUGGUUCAAUCAGAGGCAUCUAUUUCACAAAGUACGAUGAUACCCUUAUGGCUAAAAAUUUUGCAUACGAGAGACGCGGGGCUGACCGAGACGAGAUCGACCGUUGGGUGGAUGGAAUUGGACCGGGCCUAAAACAUCUCCAUGGGCUGGGGAUUGUGCACAAUGACAUCAACCCGUGUAACAUCAUGUUUCAAGGUGAAACCCCUGUCGUUAUUGAUUUUGACUCCGCUCGGCCUCAUGGUCAUGAUUUGAGCCUGGUUAAACGCACGCAUGGGUGGCAUAAUGAGAAGGCCAAUGCGGCUUUGCCGAUGAAUGAUGUGGCUGGACUAUUGGAAAUACAGUUCUGGCUCUUGGGGGAAGUUGAUCAGUUUCAAUUUUGA